AUGGCUGACAGAAGUGGCAAGAUUGUUUCAGGACAAGUGUUUAUCGAAGUGGAAUAUGAUUAUGAAUAUGAAGCAAAGGACAGAAAGAUUGUGAUAAGACAAGGGGAGCGAUACAUAUUGGUGAAAAAGACCAAUGAUGACUGGUGGCAAGUCAAACCAGAUGAGAAUUCUAAGGCAUUUUAUGUUCCAGCCCAAUAUGUUAAGGAAGUCACCCGCAAAGCUCUGAUGCCGCCUGCUAAACAGACAGUUGGACUGCCAAAUAAUUCUAUGAAAGUGAUUCAGAGUCUGCAUCUUCAGAGAUCAACAGAAAAUGUGAACAAAUUGCCUGAGCUUUCAAGUUUUGGAAAGCCAUCAUUGUCUGUUCAAGGAACAGGUCUUAUUCGUGAUGCCAAUCAAAAUUUUGGACCCAGUUAUGAUCCAAGUCAAACUGUCAACCUAAGUCUGGACCUCACCCACAAUAAUGGAAAGUUUAGCAGUGAUUCACAUUCACCUAAAGUUUCCAGCCAGAAUAGGACGCGCUUAUUUGGUCACUUUCCUGGUCCAGAGUUCUUGGACGUAGAGAAAACUAGCUUCUCCCAGGAACAGUCUUGUGAUUCAGCAGAAGUCUCAGAAAGGGCCCAUCAGGAUUCUGAGUCUGGUGAUGAACUUAGCAGCAGCUCCACGGAACAGAUAAGGGCAACGACACCUCCAAAUCAAGGACGUCCAGAUUCUCCCGUUUAUGCUAAUCUACAAGAGCUGAAAAUAUCCCAGUCUACUCUCCCCCCGCUUCCUGGGAGCCCAGCAAUUCAGAUUAAUGGAGAAUGGGAAACUCAUAAAGAUACUUCAGGGCGAAGUUAUUACUAUAACAGAGGAACACAGGAAAGAACUUGGAAACCCCCUCGAUGGACUCGGGAUACAAGCAUUAGCAAAGAUGUCCAAAAUCCAGGAGAUCAAGAGCUUCUUUCAUCAGAAGAAAACUGCCACAACAUUUGUUACAGCCAGUCAGAUAGUCAGUGUGGUUCUCCUCCAAGGGGUUGGUCAGAAGAGUUGGAUGAACGUGGGCAUACCUUAUAUACCAGUGACUAUACUAAUGAAAAGUGGCUCAAGCAUGUUGAUGAUCAAGGUAGACAAUAUUACUACAGUGCCGAUGGAUCUAGGUCGGAAUGGGAAUUGCCAAAGUAUAAUAUUUCAUCUCAGCAACAAAGAGAAAUAACUAAAAGUAGGAGCCUGGAUAGGCGGCUCCAAGAACCAAUAGUAUUAACAAAGUGGAGACAUAGCACCAUUGUGCUAGACACCAAUGACAAGGAAUCUCCACCUGCCUCAAAACCCUGCUUUCCUGAAAAUGAAUCUUCUCCCUCUUCACCAAAGCACCACGAUACAGGUCAAGAGAAAUUUGGAUUGUUAAAUGUAACAAAAAUUACUGAAAAUGGAAAAAAGGUUCGAAAGAACUGGUUGUCGUCUUGGGUUGUGUUGCACGAUUCAUCUUUACUCAUUACCAAAACUCAAGGAAGUAGCACAAGUUGGUUUGGGAGUAAUCAGUCCAAACCAGAGUUCACAGUGGACCUUAAGGGGGCGACGAUUGAGAUGGCUUCCAAGGAUAAAUCCAGCAAAAAGAAUGUAUUUGAGCUGAAAACCUGUCAAGGAACAGAAUUGCUAAUUCAGUCUGAUAAUGAUACUGUUAUUAAUGAUUGGUUUAAAGUUCUUAGUACUACUAUCAAUAAUCAGCCAGUAGAAACUGUUGAAGCAAUUGAAGAGGACACACCAGAUUCCCCAGGAAUAGAAAAACAAGAUAAAGACCAUAAGGAUCCUAGAAAACUUCGUUCCAUGAAAGUGUCUAGCAUCGAUUCUUCAGAACAGAAAAAAACUAAGAAAAACUUAAAGAAGUUUCUUACACGGCGCCCCACUUUACAAGCUGUACGUGAAAAAGGUUAUAUUAAAGAUCAGGUAUUUGGAGCCAAUCUUGCUAAUCUGUGUCAGAGAGAGAAUGACACAGUGCCAAAAUUUGUGAAAUUAUGCAUCGAACAUGUUGAAGAAUAUGGUUUGGAUGUUGAUGGGAUAUACAGAGUAAGUGGCAACCUUGCAGUGAUUCAGAAACUGAGAUUUGCAGUCAAUCAUGAUGAAAAAUUGAACUUGAAUGAUAGUAAAUGGGAAGAUAUUCAUGUCAUCACUGGAGCACUCAAAAUGUUUUUUCGAGAAUUACCAGAACCACUUUUUACAUUUAAUCACUUUAAUGAUUUUGUGAAUGCAAUAAAACAAGAACCAAGACAGCGAGUCACUGCUGUUAAGGACCUAAUCAAACAGUUGCCAAAGCCAAAUCAAGAUACAAUGCAGCUACUUUUUAGACAUCUCAAAAGAGUUAUAGAAAAUGGAGAAAAAAACCGGAUGACCUAUCAGAGUAUAGCAAUUGUUUUUGGUCCUACCUUAUUAAAGCCAGAGAAAGAGACUGGUAAUAUCGCAAUUCAUACUGUCUACCAAAACCAGAUUGUAGAAUUAAUUCUUCUGGAAAUAAAUUCCAUCUUCGGACGUUGA